AUGGCAAACCACCCAGAGAACGCAAAAACCCCACUCCUGAGCGACGAUGAUCUUUCGAGAUCAGACUCCUACGAGCAUCUCGUCUACUCAGAAUCUGAUUCGGCUUCCCUGUCCGGAUCAACCGUUUAUAACGACCCACCAGUCCUUGAGGGCAAGGGGACCAUGGAUGUAGAUGCAGAAGCGGAUACUAAAAGCCUACCUGAAUAUACGGAGUAUGAGACCACUCAUCUUGAAAAGGGUCAGUUGCCACAAGAUGAGCCGGGUCAAGAUAAUGGAGAAGAAAAUAGAUGCAAACGACGUGGUUGCGUUGGUCGUCGUCGGUGCCGGAGAGCAUCGGGGCAAUGCGACAAGAAGCGUCGUGUACGGAAACGUAUUGCGAUGUUUAUAAAGUUUAUAUUCCUCUUUGGACUAUUCUCGUUUUUUGUUACGAGGAUGUGUGUGAAGCACCGAAGGGAAUCAAUACCAACUGUCUUCUCAGACCACUCUUCGGAGGAGCUGCACAACGGUCGCCAGAUUAUCCUCAACACAGGUUCAACUGCCGUCUUUGGUCGUUACCCUCUUUAUGACCUGCUUUACAUCAAAACGACCUCAGGAAGCGUCAAUAUCCUUGUCGACCCUCAGCCAGCAGACCCGAAGAAGCCCGACGAACCAGCCCGGCUCAUUAUAGAAACCGACGCUGGCACUGUUUCAGUCGCCGUUUUGCAAUAUAGUAUAGACGCCAUUGCCACCUUUGAAAAUGGCAACACCAAGAAAGUCGACAACAUUAUUGACCUCGACUACUUGAAGACUUCGGGCGCGACGAGUAUCUCCCGGGUCAAGGGACAGAUUCCGUAUCGCCCCUAUGAAGUGGAGAUCAAGACUCAGAGCGGUUCGAUCAAUGGCAGGCUCAUUUUCACCACUUCUGCCAGUUUGAAAACGCAGUCUGGACAUAUUUCGGCUUCCUUUGCCCCUGUGGUGUCAGCCGAUGAAGUUGUCCAUGCCACAUUGACCACUGAGACGGAGAGCGGCGCUCAGGAUAUUUCCUUGAAUGAGCCUCUCAUUAUCGAUACCUCAGACAAUACAUACCAAACUGGUAUGGGAGGGACAUCGGCCUCUUCAUCGUCGCACAUCAGCCAGUCUGGAAGUAUCCAAGUCAAGUACCCCCAGUCCUGGGCCGGUCAUGUCGAGGCAUUUACUCAGUCAGGCUUGAUAAGACUCGGAGGCGAUGGCCUUGAAGUCAGAGAACAGACUCAGGGACAUGCUGUGGGUGUCAAGUAUCCUGACAGCGAUGAUAACAAGCACGGAUGGCCCGGAAGUCGCGGUGACAUGGAUGUCGUCCUUGAGUCGGCGGGCUCUGGUUCUGUCCAGUUCUGUGUCAAGGAUGGAUUGAUUCCAGUUGAGGAGUCGGAAGACUUUGAAGUGUAUAAUCUUCGCGAGUAUUAA